AUGAAACCAUAAAGAAGCAUAAUAAAAGAACUUAAAACUUAUUAACAAGAUCUCUAUAAAUCAGGAAGAGAAGGAAAAUAAUUUAGUAUAAGUGAUUUUCCUAAUCUUUCAAGAAAACCAAUAGAAUGGACUGAUUGUGAUUAAUAUAUAAAACUUCGAUAAUAAAAAUGUGAUAAGAAAUUAGCUAUUAGAUUGUGUUAGUAAUAUAAGAUUCAUAGAUCUGAUUAACAAUUUUAUGAGACAUUACAUAAUGUGAAUAUGGAAAAUGUUGGAUUUAAAAGGAUCUAAUUUGUAAUAUAAAUCUAAUAUAGUCAACUUCAUUUGUAUUGAGAUAGAUUAGAUAAAAUUAAUUUAUCAAAUAGAAACAUAGAAUGGAAUUUUAAGAAACUCAAAUUGAUACUAAAAUGUCCACAAUUUUAGAUAAUUCGUUCAAGAAAUUUUAAUAAUCUUUAGAUAAGCAUUUAGAAAUAGAGAAAGAUUAAUCCCAUAAAUUUAAUUUAAAAUAAAUGACAAAGGAGGAAUUAUAUUCAAAAUUAUUGAAAUUGUAAAUUAUAUCAAAAUUAAAGAAAAGCUAUUCCAAAAUAAAAUGUUCCAAUAGAUCAUUCUCCUACUAUAAAUACUAUUCAAUUAAAUUUAGUAAUGCCUUCAGGAAAUUCUGUAUAAUAUUUUUUUUUAUAGAAGUUACAUAUAUCACAAACAGAACGAAUGUCAUCAAAACCAUUUAUUCCUUAUUCAACUUUAAGAGAUAAUAGAGGAUCUGAUGAUAGUAUUAAGUAGCCAUUUACAAAAUUACAAAAUUAUAGACAUAGUAAUCCAUCUUUUAAAAUGAUUAAAUAAAACUAAUAAAUCAAAUUAUCACUUCACACUUAAGGUAAUAAAGAAAUUAAAAGUAUGCAACUCAUAACCCAUCAAAAUGAUAUACCAAAAAAUAAAAAAAUACAUAAAAGACAUUUCACAAACUAUGAUAUAAUAGAUAAUAUAAACAUCUUUAAAGAAACAAAUUGCUGA